CUUAUGCCCUGGACCGACCCAUAUGAAAUAACAGGACUUUGGAGUUCUUUGCAGAACUGGUAAACAAGUUGAGUAUAAAUAGUGAAGCUCCCCAGCCCUAGCAGAGCAGCAGUCUGCAGAGAACCAAGGGCUGACGUGAGGCCCAGCCAUGUGGAAGGGCUUUGCUCUUGCGCUGGCUCUUUGCCUCCUUCCAUGGGGAGGGGCAGAGAGCCAGGGGCAUAGCUCUCGAUGUAAAAAACCACCAGACUGGAGAAUAGGAGAACUAAAUCCAAUGCUAGAAUCUGCUGGAACAGUAACUGUAGUGGCCCUUCUUCAGGCUAGCUGAUACUUGUGUCAGCUGCAGGCUUCUAGGUUGGAGGAUCUGCGGGUGAAGUUAGACAAUGAAAGCUUGGUGAAUAUAUCCUUUGUUGUAGUUAAUCACCAGGGAAAACAUUCUAGAGAAAAAUACAACCUUCUAAAGUCUAAGGUUUCUGCGGACAUUCCAGUGUACCAACAAGAGGAAGAUCAGCCAGACAUCUGGAGCUUAUUGAAUGGAAACAAAGAUGAUUUUCUGAUUUAUGACAGGUGUGGACGUUUGGUACAGCAUCUUGGUUUACCUUACACAUUUUUAAGUUUUCCAUAUGUUGAAGAAGCAAUAAAAUCUGCAUAUUGUGAAAAUAAAUGUGGAAGCUGUAAGCACAAGACAUCUGAAGUUGAUACGAUUUGCAAGAAGCCUGAGGAACAGCUAACAGAGGACAAGCCAGCUGAAGAGCAAAUAGAAACACCACAGGAACAAAGAAACCAUCACAGACACAGUCAUCAUGUGCACAGGGGUCAUGGGCACAGGCACCACCAGCCUGACAAGGAAACUGUGGCAGUAGUUCAUAAUAGGCAAUCUGGUCAUCACAGGGGUCAUGGGCGCAGACAGCAUAAUGAAGAGGGCCAAGUGCGUGAUGUUCAGAUUUUCAGCCCACACUCUCGUACUCAUCACAGUAGGAUUGUAGAUCAUAAUGAGCUAGGUCAAAAGGUUGGGGAAUCUGUACCCCAGAGGGAGGUUAUUUUUGUACCACAAAGAGAGGCAGACAUUCCAGUACUAAAAAAUAAACUUUGAAAAAAGGUUAAAAGCUGAAAAAAGCAGUACCUAUGAGACUGGAAAGAGGAAUCAGGGAAAGCUACUAUUAGCUGAUGCUGACAUUGCCGACAGCUUUCUUUUGAAACAACACAAAAUGAAGUCACUUGACAGUGUACUGGGGAUCUCCCAGCUGCCUGUAGGUGACAUGAGUUGCUGUCAGACAAUCUCCCUGAAUCCUGACAAUGACGUUUGCCUCCAGCUGCAUGACAUACAACAGAUACAGGCCCAGCAGAAGCAGAAUCUAAUACUGCUUGAGAAUGACCAAAGGAGACAGAAAACUGACAGUGACGGGAACUGUGAAAAUUCUUGAUGUAAACUGUUAAAAGUUUACAAUGUAAUUCCCUAUAACUGUAAUGCAACUUAGCCAUGGUUUGCCUUAAUUACUAUGCAGUCUUUUACCAUAAAAGUCAAGAGCAAGAAUCUGAUUUAUGGCAAAAUUUUGCAGAGUAAAGAGGUUACAGAUCAUCCUAUAUUGCAUUCUAACAUCAUUUUUCUCAUUCUCUGCUGGAGAGCCUAUUUUUUAAAGGGACAUUGAAAUAAAAAAAAAACUAACAACUUGUCAAUAUGAAAGAACAGUAUUUAAUAAGCAUGUCAAUUUUUUUUUUUGUCUGAAAAAUGUGAAGCAGGGGUUGUUUACAUUUAAAUCAAAACAAAUAGAAAACUAUCAGUUGUACACUUUGUACAAAUGAUCAUUGGCUGGUAAUUAUUUCAUUCUAAUGCAUAUGGGCUAAUUUGUACAAAAGCCAGUGGGCGUAAUCAGGAAGUAACUAUCAGUUAAUAAGAAUUAGUAGGAAGUACAAAACUGACACUGCUGUAUUAGUUCCAGUUUCAAUUUAAACAUCUUUUACGUCACAUUUGUGAGACAAACAUGCUGCUUUUUUUUUAUAUGAAUGAUAUUUUUUUAUGCAAUGUCCCUUUAUAACAGCAGCUUAAGUUCAGUACCUCUCUUGUUCAUCUCCUGACAUAAUGUUUGCAUUAAUGAUGGUAAAAGCAUAAACUGUGAAAAGGGGCUUUUGCUGGAGUCGUUGCAGUCAUUAUUAGGUGACAGACUUGAGAAGAAAUUCAGCUACAUUUUUCGUCUGUCUUAAAUGGACUAAUAGCUAUUUGUAAUAUUUUUUUAUGAAACAAGUAUUUAGUUUAACAAAUAAAACUUUUCAACAAGAUUCCUUCAAAACUUUCUAUAAAACAUACCAAAGACUGAAAAUUCUAUUUCUAUAUUUGAUAAUGUUUUUGUGUCUUUUUAAUGUUUGUGCUCUCGAAAUAAUUAGCAUAGUUGGGUUGAUGGGUUGCUAUAUGUGCAUAUGCUAUACUCAAUGAUGGUUUAUAGGUAAACUCACCCCUACGUAACCUGAAUAAACUUGUAUGGCUUUGCCAUUAGCAAUUGGGUAUGUUCUACAACUAAAUAUGUGAAAAUAUUUCAGAAGAAGCACAAUAAAAUGUUAAAUACUGA